AUGAGCAAAUCUAUCGGAAUUGAUUUGGGUACUACCUAUUCUUGUGUUGGACACUUCUCCAACAAUCGUGUCGAAAUCAUUGCCAAUGACCAAGGUAACCGUACCACUCCUUCUUAUGUUGCCUUCACAGAUACUGAACGAUUAAUUGGUGAUGCUGCCAAGAAUCAAGUCGCCAUGAAUCCCCACAACACCGUCUUCGACGCUAAGCGAUUGAUCGGUCGUCGCUUUGCUGAUGCAGACGUUCAAUCAGAUAUGAAACAUUGGCCUUUCAAGGUCGUCGACAAGGACGGCAAGCCAUUGCUCCAAGUGGAGUUCAAAGGAGAAACCAAGACUUUUACUCCUGAAGAAAUCUCUUCUAUGGUACUACUAAAGAUGCGUGAAGUUGCUGAAGCUUUCAUGGGAAGUAAAAUCACAGAUGCUGUCGUAACUGUCCCUGCUUACUUCAACGAUUCUCAACGUCAAGCUACUAAAGACGCUGGUACCAUUGCUGGUAUGAAUGUUUUGCGUAUCAUCAACGAACCAACGGCUGCCGCUAUUGCUUACGGUUUAGACCGCAACACUCAAAAGGAAACAAACGUUUUGAUUUUCGAUCUUGGUGGUGGUACCUUCGAUGUCUCCCUGUUGACCAUUGAAGAAGGUAUUUUCGAAGUCAAGUCUACUGCUGGUGAUACUCACUUGGGUGGUGAAGAUUUUGACUCUCGCUUAGUCAACCACUUCAUCCAAGAAUUUAAACGUAAGAACAAGAAGGAUAUUAGUGGUAAUGCUCGUUCUGUCCGUCGUCUCCGUACUGCCUGUGAGCGCGCUAAGCGUACUCUUUCUUCUUCUUCACAAGCUAGCAUUGAGAUUGACUCCAUGUAUGAGGGUAUUGACUUUUACACUUCCAUCACUCGUGCUCGCUUUGAAGAAUUAUGCUCUGACCUCUUCCGCAAUACCAUGGAACCUGUCGAGAGGGUCCUACGUGAUGCAAAGGUCGACAAGUCCUCUGUUGACGAAAUUGUAUUGGUUGGUGGUUCUACUCGUAUCCCCCGUAUCCAAAAGCUUGUUUCUGACUUCUUCAACGGUAAGGAGCCUUGCAAGUCUAUCAACCCUGAUGAGGCUGUUGCCUAUGGUGCCGCCGUCCAAGCUGCCAUCUUAACUGGUGACACUUCCGAAAAGACCCAAGAUUUAUUAUUGCUGGAUGUUGCCCCUCUUUCUAUGGGUAUCGAAACUGCUGGUGGUGUCAUGACUGCUCUUAUCAAGCGUAACACUACCAUUCCUACCAAGAAGUCCGAAGUCUUCUCUACUUACUCAGACAACCAACCCGGUGUCUUGAUUCAAGUCUACGAAGGUGAGCGUGCUCGUACCAAGGAUUGCAACUUGCUCGGUAAGUUUGAGCUCUCUGGUAUUCCACCCGCUCCUCGUGGUGUUCCUCAAAUUGAAGUCACCUUCGAUGUUGACGCCAACGGUAUCUUGAACGUGUCCGCCCUCGAGAAGGGUACUGGUAAGACUCAAAAGAUUACCAUCACCAACGACAAGGGUCGUCUCUCCAAGGAAGAAAUCGACCGCAUGGUUGCUGAUGCCGAAAAGUACAAGGCUGAAGAUGAAGCCGAAACUUCUCGAAUUCAAGCCAAGAACCACUUGGAAUCCUAUGCCUACUCUUUGCGUAACUCCAUGGAUGACCCCAACUUGAAGGACAAGGUUGAGGCCUCUGACAAGGAAUCCAUUGAUAAGGCUGUCAAGGAGACCAUUGAGUGGCUCGACAGCAACACUACUGCUGCCAAGGACGAAUACGAGUCCAAGCAAAAGGAAUUGGAAGGUGUUGCCAACCCCAUUAUGGCCAAGGUUUAUCAAGCUGGUGGUGCCCCCGGUGGCGCUCCAGGUGCUGCACCUGGUGGCCCCCCUGGCGGUGAGCAAGGUCCCGAAGUCGAAGAGGUUGACUAA